GUCUUCAAUACGCCAUGAUCUCUGGAUGGAAAAUGUUGGCCUUUGGGUUGACCUUCCUGUCUGCCAUUUUGGCCACUCAUUUGGCAUCAGCUCAAGACACCACCACAGGGGCGACGGAGACCACGACCAGUGCAGCGGAAAAGGAUAGUGGCACUACAGCUCAGGGAGCAGCGGAAAAUAGCACGGAUUCAGUUCCGGACUACUGUGAUCCCUCGCUGUGCAGCCCUGGCCACAAGCACGUGGCCUGCAACGAUACGAUCGGACUGCAUAGCGAGUGUGCAAUUGACGCUGAAGUUGUAAACAUAAACGAUAGGCUGGAAAAGUUUUUACUGCACCGCUUCAACGAGCUUCGUGAUAGCGUGGCCAAGGGGGGCUUUAACGGACUCAGCCCGGCUGCUCGCAUGGGCACCUUGAAGUGGGACCAGGAACUGGCUUUCCUGGCCAAAUACAAUGUGCACGACUGCGUCAUGAAAAGCGAUGAGUGCCGGAAUACGAAGACAGCAGUCCACGCAGGCCAGACAGUGGGCUACCGGGCUAUUAGGGGAAAGAUCCCGGACUUGGAGGACAUCCUCAAGGACAUAACAGCGUUGUGGAUGCGGGAGAACGCAGGAACUUCGAUGCUGGACAUUAUCAAGUAUAAGGAUCCGCAUAAGGGGCCGCCCAAGUACAACUUCAUACAGAUCGUUCUGGAGAACGCCGAGUUUGUGGGCUGUGCCAUUGUUCAGCAGACCCAUAACCGCUGGCUGCAGACGUUCUUCACCUGCAACUAUGGACACGCUCCCGUGGUGGGAGCGAGGGUGUACGAAAGCGGGCAGCUGGCGGGAAAACUCUGCAAGACCGGAGUCAACCCCAAGUACGUGCAUCUCUGUUCGGAAACCGAGACCUACGAAAAGAUUGGGCCGCCAGCUGGGAACUCGUCAAACGCAAAAGUUAAACCCAGAACAGUGAGGAAAAGUGACUUCGUCAUGCUAAGCAGCGAUAAAAUUCAACCCAGAGACGGAGCAGCAGCGGCGCCAGCACCUGAAGGAGGAGCAGCCACUCCAGCAGCCCAGGCCGACGGAUCAACCACAACAGGCGCUCCAGGAGCUGAGGGCGGGACAACCGCAGCAGUAGGGGCAGGCGAAACCCCUGCUCCAGCGCCAGGAGGCGGGGGAGCACCCGGUUCCUCAGAAGGUGCACAAAAAGCUGGGACACCGGGCUCUGUUGAAGGUGUGUUGGAACCCAAACCGGAACCCCUAGACAAAGACGCGCUGGAGAAGAAAUUCGCUCGCUUCCUGGCGGUGAUGAAGCACGCUGAGGAGUACCACGGUCGUCGCAAGAUCGUAAUUAUAACCAGCAACCACGAGGUGGAGGACUAUCGCUCGAAGAAGAAGGGCUUAAAGUUCAGAACCUUGGAGCAAGCUGUCUACAAAAGGAUUCGCAGCCGUCGCCAGAAGGUGCUACGCAGCGGAAUAAUGCUGCGGACCAUGAGUCACAGUGCCGGUGCAGGCCGACGAAGUCGCUCGAAAAAGAGCUCCUUCUGGGCGCCCGAGUGGGUGGGUAUACCUUAAUGUUCAAAACUUCUUUCUCGGAUUUUAGAAAAAAAUUUGAUUUACAUUGUACAAUUUGUCAAUAAAUAUUUGGAGUUAUUUAACAUA